AUGAAUAAUAUAGAUACAGAACCUAAUAAUUGGUUAUCUCUUCAAGAAAGAGCAUUAAAAUUAUCUGGUGAAGCCUUUAAUAAUCUACAAAUUGAGUAUAAUGAUAAGUUAAAACAUCUCAAAUUUGAAAUUGAAAUCAAAAAUAACAAAAUUAAUGAAUUAACCAAUAAGUUAGAACUUAAUAAUAGAUUAAUUGAAUCAUUAUAUCAUGAAAAAAGUGACUUAAUCUUUUUAUUAAAGAAUCUACAAAAUAAAUGUAAAAAACAAGGCUUAAAUAUCUUAAAUACACAUAAUGAAUUAAAGUCAAUAAGAGAAGAUUAUUGUAAAUUAAAGAAUCGAUUAGAAUUAUGUGAAAUAAAUUGUAGUAGUAGUUCAAAUUAUGAAUUGAUAAAUUCAAAUAAUAUAAUAGAUAUACCAUAUACCAAUAAUAACAUUAUUGUUGAUAGUUCUUAUAAUAUAAUUAAUGGACUGCCAAAUCAAGAAACAAAUAAAACACCAUCAUUAAUUGAACAAAAUGAAAAUAUAGAAUUCUCUGAAAAUCAAAAAGUCGAUAAUAAUUUUAAUAUUAAUGAUUUAUCCAGUAAUUUAUUAAGUCAUAAAAUAGAAUCAAAUCACUUAAAUUAUAGUAAUCAUGAAAUAAAUUCAGUAAGUAAAGAUAUUUAUAAAGAUAAAAUUUGGUAUAAAAUAAGCCAAGUAUUACCUACAAAUUCAUAUUUAUCACUAGUUACUUUCGUUAGGAAAUAUCAUUUAAAUGAAAUCACGGAGGAAGAAUUACAAACAGAAAUCCAAAAUAUCUUAUUGUAUAAUAAUAAAGCUAUACAAGAUGCUUUUGCUAAGGAUAUAUUACAAUUUUCUUUAUGUUAA